AUGUCAGAACUAUAUUUAAGAAUAGUAAAGACAAGAUUAUAUCCAAUUACAAAGAUUCAAUGUAUUUUUGGUUUGAUUAUAUUUAUUUUAAUUAUUUUAUUUAUUUUUCAAAAAGAAUUGAAAUUGAAAAAGAUUUAUGAAGAAUCUUCUCGAAGUAUACCAGUAUUAAUGAGAAGAUCCGAGAUUGAAUUACUUUCAUUAUAUGAAAGAGAAUUGCCUCGUGUAGAAAAAGAUAUAUUUCAACCAAUUUUUCAUAAUCAUUAUUUGACAUUAAAAUUAAACUUAACAUCAAUGGGAAAGAAUUAUUUAAAUUAUUUCAAAAAUGGUUCCAACGAGAAAAUUGAUUGUCUUAAAAUAACCUGUUUAAAAAAUUCGAAAAAUAUUAAUGAUUUUCAUCCAAUUUGUCAUAUUUAUUUGAAUAUUCGUGUGACAAUAUUAAAUUUUACAGAAAUAUAUUUGACAUUUUUAUCGAAAAAUUCGAGUUGUUUAUUAUCAUUAACGUAUAAACAUGAUAUUAUAUCUCUUGAUAUUCAUCAAAUGUUCUUAGUUAAUGAUAAAUUUCGUUUUACGUAUCAAUGGUUGAAUUUUGAUCAAGAAAAAUUAUUCUCUUGGUCUCAAUGGCCUUUAACAAUGAAAUGUUUAAAUUCAGAUUUAAAUAAUUUAUCUAAAAAUGAAAAUCAAUCUUCAAAAUUAAAUUUCAAUGCAUUUCAAUGUUCUUCUGUAGAUAUUUUAAUUCAUUCGACUUCAAGAGAAUUAUUUGUUAGAGAACAAGAAGCUGUUUCAUAUUGGUUUGAUUUACAAAAUAAUGCGUCAAUUAAUAAGACAAUUUUGAAUAAAAACAAUAUUUCAAUUAAAACAAGACGUCUAGUUCCAUUUGAAAUAGCAAAAAAUCAUAAAGUAUGUUCAGAAAAAUUUCAAAAUUGGAUUUUAAAUUAUCAAAAAUGGCAUGAAAAUAUUACUUUCAAUAUUAAUAAUCGAUCAAUGACAUUUGAACAACAAUUUCAACGUAUAAUUGAACUUAAUGUUCGUUUCUUAAUCUAUGAAAAACCUACAUCAGGUAUUGCUGAUCGAAUAAUUCAUUUCAUCUCAAGUUAUUUAAUAGCUUUAUUAACAAAUCGAUUAUUUAUAUUUGAUAAAAAUUGGUCAGAAUUUAUAGAUGCUACACAAUCAAGUUUAAAUUAUCAACCAGAAUUUGUUAUUCCUUGGUUUUCUCAAUUUGAUAUAAUUACGAAAAAUUUAUCUUUAAAAAUUCAAAAUAAUUUAACAAUAAAAGAUUAUUCAUUUUCUCUUGAACGAUAUAAUAAAGAUUAUGAUUAUGAAAAAGAUUUUCCUGAACGUAUUCUUAUAUUUAAAGGUCAUACAGGAUGUGUAGUACAUACAAUUAAAUCAAAAUCAAGUAUUUAUAGAAAAUUUUUAACUAUUGAUCUUGAAAUGAAUCCAGAAAAUAUUUUUGGAUGCCUUUAUCAUUCUCUUUUUACUUAUCGUUUAUCUGCAUUGAUCAAAAGAGUUCCAUUAAUUUCUUCAAAUAAUCAAUUAGGUCAUUCACCUCAACAAAUUUUACAAACACUUUUAUCACCGAGAUUUUUUCCAAUUGGAAUUCAAAUUCGUGCUGGAGAUCAAACAAUGACUCGAACAAAUGCUUCUUUUAAUGAAACAAUAAUUCUUAAUAAAUUUGAAAACUUUUUUACAUGCUCUCAACAAAUAAUUAAUACAAAUAUAAAAUUAUUUCGUGAAACAAAUCAAAUUCCAAUUGUUUUUCUUGUAUCUGAUGAUAUUCAAAUACGUCAAGCUGCUUUAAAACGUUGGAAAUUCUCAUUAGAAUAUUUUCAAUCAUUUGACAAUAAAUGUCAAUCAAAUAAUAGUAGCUUAAAUAUUUUAGCGAAUUCCAAUCCAGUUUUUCAUAUAUCAUAUGCAAAUGAUCGAAUAUUAGCCUUUCAAUUAGGAAUAUUUGAUAAUUUUCUUUUUAGUUUAUGUGAACAACAUAUAUUUAGUACAGAGAGUGGAUUUGGUCGUUUUGCAGCUUUUGCAUCUUUAAAACUACGAAAUAUUUAUUCAUUCUUUCGUCAUGAGCAAUCUUCUUGUCAAAAUCAAAGUGUGCCACUUGUAAUUGCAGGUUAUCAUUGGUCGGGAAUUUAA